CCUCCGACGGUGUCCGUAACCCGGCUGCCGCGUCGCUUUACAAAUGUGUCCUCCGACAUGGUGCCACAUUUAAUAUUAAUCUAGAUUUAUCUAAACGUAACCACAAUCAAAAAAUGUUACAUUAACAAGGCGCCGGAAGUGAUGUGUCCUUGCAUGGAAGCUACAUCUGCCCGAACGAUUAUUAUUUAAAAGCUUUUAUAGAAAGAAAACUAUCAUGGCGACAGUUGAAACACCCUGCUCCGAGUUCAUGAACUGGGAGGUAGAAAGUUCAACUCGUAACGGAUUAAAACAAGAGAAACAACUAUCUGCUUCGCUGAGAAGAUGCUACAAUCUCUGUAGGAGGAAGUCCUUUGCCGCCUUCGUCGCGUCCGUGAAGGAUGGCUCUGCUGAUAAAGGAAGUGCCUCUUGGUGCUGCUGUGACCAGACCUUCAGUGAACACUCUGCCAUUCACAAGCACGUGGCUAAAAGUCAUAAUGAUGAGGUACAGCAGCUAACACAGGUUGCAUAUGAGCAUCUGAUAAAACAGCUGGAGGAAGAGGCAGAAACACAUCUGGCAAACAGACUCCAGGCAGAAGUAGCCGACAUUUCUGAAUGGAUACCAGAUAUCAGCCAAGUCACUGAGGAGCAACUGAGGAUCGGCCCUGGGAAAGUUCUUCUCUAUUAUCACUACUGUCAAGUGGAUGAUCCCCAUGCUGUCUGUGCUUGGCAGAAAGCUUUAUGUGAGCAGCUCCACCUGACAGGCAAGAUAAGGGUGGCAGCAGAAGGCAUCAAUGGGACAGUUGGAGGUACCAAUGUGGCCACUGAUAUUUACAUUCGAGCAAUGCUCUCACACCCUGUCUUCAAGAUGGAUCCGGAGGACUUUAAGACCAGCGAUGGAGGGGCGGAGUGUUUUACAGACUUGAAAGUCGGAGUCUAUAAGGAGAUUGUCCCUAUGGGUGUGGAUCCAGAUGUUGUUUCCUACAAGCUUGCAGGAGUUCAUCUGGAGCCUGAAGAGUUUCAUAAGGAGGUGGAAGCCCUCUUGGCUGAAGGGGAUUCGACUAAAGACACCAUCCUCUUAGACUGCCGCAACUUUUACGAGAGUAAAAUUGGCCAGUUUACUCAGUGUCUGGCCCCAAACAUCCGCAAGUUCAGUUAUUUCCCGGACUACGUGGAUCAGAAUUUGGACCUAUUCCGGGACAAAAAGGUCCUGAUGUACUGCACAGGAGGAAUCCGCUGUGAGCGUGGCUCCGCCUACCUCCGCUCCAAAGAUGUAUGUAAAGAAGUUUACCAGCUGAAAGGUGGAAUCCACAAGUACUUGGAGUGCUUUCCUGAUGGCUUUUAUCGAGGGAAACUUUUUGUGUUUGAUGAGCGCUACACUAUCUCCUCAAACGAUGAUGUCAUCUCAGAUUGCAGAUACUGUGGCCUUCCAUGGGAUCAGUAUGAGCUUUGCAGCACCCAGUUCUGCUACCAGCUGGUGUUAUCCUGUCCCAGCUGUAGAAAGAAAGGAUUCACCGCCUGCUGCCCUUCCUGCCAAGCUAAAGGAAACACUCAGCACAAGAGAGCCUCUGACACCCAGCCUCCCAAAGAGGAGUGCGAGUGCACCGACACGAGGGCCAGAAUCCCUCAGGAUGUCAAAUGAAUUAAAAACUCACUUUAAUGAGUCUUGAUCAGUCCAGUGAUGCAAUGAAAGCUAUGGAAAAUUAUUUGCAGAUUUUAUUGGAAUUUUUGAAAUAGUAUGAGAAAAGGGACAAAAAAAAAAAGACCAUUUUAAAGUUAUUAAUGACUGAAGUCUUUUAUUCAUCUUAUCAGAAAGCUGAACAGCAGUGCCUCCUGGACCUACAGAUUGUAUUCUCAUCUUUUUGUGUAAAUAUAAAGACAUACAAAUGCAUUGCUAUUUUGUUUCUAAAUAAGUGAACUCUGAAAAUAUAAAGGUUGUUUACAUAUGACUGUGAUUUAUGACAAAAAUGUGUAGAACUUUUCACAGACUCUAUGUGCUUUGCAAGCCUUGCAAAUGCUUAAUUUGUCAGUUAGCGAAGCUGCAGGUGUUCCUAAAACAAACCACAACCAGCAACGCCUCUCUGGGACUUGAAAAUGCAGUUUUCUAACCCAAAUAGAGGAUCGAUUUAGAAACACAAAAGUAAGGGAUGUCAUUUUGUACAUUGAUAAUAGUAUGGAGAAAUUUGAUGAUCUCUCUCAUUAAAUACUGCUAAAAUCCUUUUACUAGAGGGUUUUUUCAAAUGGUAAAAGGUGGCUGACAUAGUUAAAACCUCAACUUUAGGCUCAUGACCUAAACCUCUUGUAAGUUACAGUUAGUUUCGGUUGGUGCCGUUCUUUGUAGCAGGUGAGAACACAAAAGCAAGCAGGAAAAUGAUUGGAAAUUUUUUGUUUUGUUUUUUUAAUAAACAUAAAUGACACCUUUUGUAAAUAAAAAAAGCCAAUGAAAGCAAUUAAAGACUUUAUCAAGCUAAACAUACUGUUGUAAUAUCUAACACAAGCCAAAGAAAAGAGAAAAGGUCCAUUAGUUUAAUGAUUUGAUUUAAACAUUUAUCAUUUUUGUAUUUAUCAUUUGCCAGAGAAUCACAUCCACUAAAACUGAAGCAUUUGUGUUGAACAAUUGUUUUGUGUCUCAUUUUAUAAACUGUUCAAACUAUUUAAAAGGGAUUGAAACAUAAAGAGAAGUUAAAACAAUUGAGAUUGCUGUAUUCUCAUUUCUAUUGACUGACAGUCUGAUAAACUUCACUGCCAUGAGGCAAAAA